UGCGGGGUAGAUGCAUGGCGUCUUCCGUGAGCGGGUUUCGGUAGGAAGAAAAAAAAGAUCACGGUAAAACCUAAUUUUUGAAGUAAUUUAGACGAAAAUGACACUAUUUCACUUCGGGAACUGUGUUGCCUUGGCUUAUGUUCCCUACCUCCUUACAUACAAGUAUUCUGGUUUGUCCGAAUAUGGGGCAUUUUGGAAAUGCGUCCAAGCUGCUGCCAUGUACAUUGUUAUGCAGCUUUGCAAAAUGCUGAUUCUAGCCACAUUCUUCCCACCCGGCGAUGUGUCAUCUGUGGGUGGAUUCGACGUCUUGGGGUUACCCUUUCGUAUGGAUGUGGAGUUUCUGAAGGCCACGGUGGAUCUGGCUGACCUCGUGGGUAUUCACGUUGUGAUGACCAAGGUGGCUGGCAAAGGGGAGACCAAGUUCCUGGUGGCAGGGCUGGGGUGGGCGAGUGCCGAGCUGUUGAUGACACGCUUCGUGCCCCUCUGGGUGGGUGCCCGUGGCAUGGAGUUUGACUGGCGCUACGUCCAGCUCAGCUUUGACUCAAACAUCUCUCUCGUGAACCACAUCACAACCGCAACUCUUGUCUGGUUGUGGAACCGGAAUGAUCUCCGCAAAGUUCACCUACCGGUGGUCACGGUACUACUGGCAAUCACAUGCUACCGUUCCCUGAUUUUAGAACUGAUGGUACAGACCUUGGCAUUUGGACCUUGGCUUGUGCUGGCGGUGAAACUCCUCGGCGCUGUCAGCGUGGGUCUAGCGGCUCUUCAUAUUUACCUUAGUUUGACUCAAAGCCUGAACUCUUACUGAAGGCAGGCAGAGUCAUUUAUUCUCUCACGCCAUUCACUUGGUUCGUGAGUAAUGGCUUCUCAUCUGAAUCAAUCGCCUGCGAAGCUGGACGGAAGAAAAGGAGGGAACAGAGCUUAUUUCUAUUGUUCUGCUUACUUCAGUGUUUUCGUCUAGAGUGGUGUAAAGAAUGACAGCAGGCUAUGUGACUUGUAUAAACAUUGCAUUAAAUGCCCAAUGUUGCC